GACUAUCCUAGUUUGGGACAUAGGGUAAUGAAUAUACACUUAAAAGUGUUUAAUUUUAAAAUUGAGAUUCAAAUAAUUACACUAAAAUAACUUAGUAUGCUAAUUAAUCUGAUUAUUAAAUUUUAUUUGUAAUUUUAAGUAAUUUUAAAUAAUUGUGUUAAAAUAUUUAUAAUUAAUUCAAAAAUACGUAAUUCUCUCUCCAGCUACAUUGUAUGUGGCAGUGUUGGCCGUUAAAGAAUACCCACAUGCAUAAGCUGAGAGUGACUUAGAUGAGGAUGCUUAGGUGGAUGUGCGGAGUUUGUUAGAAGGGAUAGGGUUAGAAUUGAAGAAAUUCUAGACAAGAUGGGAGCAGCAUCCGUGGGAGAUAAAAUGCACAAGGAAGUGCAAGAGGUUCUUGCAACUGUUCAAGAAUAUUGGAGGGAUCCGAAGUUUGAUCUUUCUCCCUACGAUGUCCGCUCUCAUAAUGGAUUUCUUAAGCAUCUUAUGCUGAGAAGUGGCAGGAGUGGUGAAACUGGUCUUCCUGAGCUUAUGGUUAAUUUUGUGACCUCAUCCUACAAACCGGAGCUAUUGAAACCCAUUGUGGACAAAAUAGCAGCUAUCCCUGAAGUGGUAAGCAUUGUUAAUAACGUGAAUACUUCUAUAGGCAACACAUCUGUUGGGGAGAAAGAAUACACAUUGUAUGGAAAAUCAUCCAUCAUAGAGAUUUUACGAGGGCUUACUUUUCAGAUUUCAGCAAACUCUUUCUUCCAGACAAACACACACCAGGCAGAGAUUCUUUACAAAUUAAUCGAGGAUUAUGCCUCUCUCAAAGGAGAUGGCUCAGAAGUUGUUCUUGACCUAUUCUGCGGGACUGGUACCAUUGGCUUAACACUGGCCAAAAAAGUGCGGCACGUUUAUGGGUAUGAAGUGGUUGCUCAAGCAAUCUCAGAUGCAAAUCAGAAUGCUAAGCUCAAUGGAAUCUGCAAUGCGACAUUCAUCGAAGGAGAUCUUAGUAAGAUUGAUGGAAAUUUUGGCAGCAAUUUUCCCAGGCCUGACAUUGUCAUCACAGAUCCAAAUCGUCCUGGAAUGCACCUGAAACUGAUCAAGUUUCUGCUUAUGUUGAAAGCUCCACGCAUAAUCUAUGUAUCUUGCAAUCCCGCCACUUGUGUUCGUGACCUUAAUAUCCUCUGUUUUGGAGUGCCGGAGCGAAAUAUAAUUGGACGUUACAAGCUUUGUAAAUUGCAACCGGUAGACAUGUUCCCACAUACUCCUCACAUUGAAUGUGUUUGCUUGUUGGAGCUUCUUUGAUCAUGGGUGUUUACGACCUUCUAUGCAUGCAUUCUUUUAGAGUUGUGUGUUGUUUUCAACCUGGAGAUAUGAAUAAUAGUUGUUCUUAUUUAGAUUGAUUAUGAUGAUAUAGAUGGGCUUUGUAAUUGUUAUAGCAGCUGGUCUUCAAAUAGUAAAUGAUCGGUCAUCUCAUAAAAUUUUCAUGAUCUU